AUGGAAAGGGAAAAUGAAGUAUUUCUUAAACAAACACCUCCUGUCUCUCCAACAAGAACCUCACCAAUAUUUAACUCAAAUAAUAAUAACGGUACAACACCAUGUAGUUUAAUUGAUUCAGGAGUUUUUGGUUCUGAAUUAGAUAAAACAUCUAGUAGAUCUAUUUCUGAUUCAGAUUCUAUGCAUUCAUCUAUUUAUAAUUAUAAUCAACACUCACCGACACAUGGAACAACAUGGAGAGAAAUAGAUGGUAAGAAAACUUCAAAAAAUAAUCCAUUAAUAACAUCACUAUGUCAAAAUUUUUUAAACAUUCCUGAACUUUCAUCUCCAACUGUUAAAACAAUCAUCCCAAUGGAAGAUGACACGUCGUCUGAGACGUCAUCAGGACAAAUUUGUGGAGAAGAUGAACAAAAUUUACUUGAAGAUGGUAAUGAAACAUUGGUAAUUAAUCCUAAUAUGGAAUCAAGUUAUCAUUGGGAUGAAUAUAUACCAUCAAAUAAUUGGAAUACAGAAAUAGCAUUUGAAAUUAAUGAUGUUAUGAAUAUAAGUGUUCAUAAUGAUUUUGAUCUUUUUAACUAUUCAACAAAUUUUAAUGAGUCUCUUCCAUUUAUAAAUAAUGAUGAACAGGUAGAUUCACAUAAUAAUAUAGAUAGUAAUGAAAAAAAAUCUGAAGAGUCAAAUGGAAUGUGUAAUAUUUUUAAAUUAAUCUUGUCACCAAUAACUAAUUAUCUCUUACUAAAUAACAGUAUUUCUGAUGAUAUACUACUCAUAUCUUCUACAUCAAAAUGUCGGCACAAUAAAAGAAAUAAAAAAAAAGGAUACGAAGAGAGUCCACUUAAUAAAUUAUAUCAAUUUACUAAAGAAUAUUUUAAUAGUGAUAAGAUUAAUAUUAUAACCGGUGUAAGAAAAGAAGAUUCUGAGGUAAGGGAGAAAAUAUUUGAAAAAUUAGUUAUGAAAUUACAUCAAUAUCAAAGAAGAAUAGGACAAAAUCUUCAUCAAAAUGAAGAUUUAUGGAAAGGUAAAAAAGAAAUAUCAAAAUUACAUGAACUUGGAGAAUUAGUACAAUUUAAAAUUUUAAUAAAUACAAUUGUUAUUAAUGAAAAUCUAAUAUUAAAAAAUGAUAUAUUUAAAGAGGAAAAAUUUUUUGAAAUUGCUGAUGACUGGUUUUCUAGAAUGUUUAUUCAAUCUCCAAUUGAAACAUUUUUGAAUAUAAAUUUAUGUAAAGUUAUCAUGAAAGAUAUUGUUAAUAAACAAAAAAAAAGAAGUGACAAAUUUAGUAAUGAAAAAUUAAAAUUACAAUUUAUGCUUUUGCAACAAAUAUAUGAUCUCCAUUACAAAAACAUUCCAUUGAUGAAAAAUAUUAACAAUAAAGAAGAAAUUAAUUUAUCUCCACCAAUUGAAGAUCUUGAAAUAAUAAGAAAAUUUUUAAAUGCUAAUUUUAAAAUUUUUUCUUUAUCUAUUCACUAUCCUCCAUUUGGAAAUGAAUGUGAAAAACCACCAUCAGUUAAAACAAAAGAUUUUUGGCGGAGUGUAACUAAAAAUGCUUGUAUUUCACUAUUUCUAGGUAUUUCUUUUCUUCUUCUUACAUCUUUCUUUAACAAUUGGAUCUAUCAAACUUGUUGUCAGGAUGGUUCAACAAAUGGUUUGGUAUUUGGACUAACUUUAAAGAAAACAGGAGAUGGAGUUCCACCUAUGUAA